ACCUUCCAGACACACUACGAGGUCGCGGUGAAAGCUAUCAUGCUAUUCAUUACGGUAUAUGAGAGCGCCGGGGAACUUACCGAGCGAAUAGUAGCCAUGUUCGAGAAGAUAGAUGGUUACGGACAGGAGAUGAGAGCCCUUCAGGAUAAUGUCAAGUCUGUUGCAAUAUGGAAAGCUACCAAUAAGCUCUUCGUCUCCAUAGUAGCGUUUAUCGCUGCUUCCGGCUCAUAUAUGAAGUACGGGACGCUCUAUGAUUAGGUUUCUGGGAGGGGGAAACGACAAAAUCGACAAUAUCCUUGAGACUAUCAGAAAGGACUAUAGCGAAGUGACUGAAGCAGCGAGAUUGGCUCAUUUGAUGAUUAGCCUCUCGUCUCGUGAUAAAAUCGUUAAUAUUGGAGAUAAUAUGGGGGUCAUCGCCCAACAGCUGAAUUUGUUAAAUCAAUCGCUGACUCCUGGUAUGAGCCAACAACUCCGCACGAUUUAUGAUCAUUCGCUUUUUCAGGUUAUGCUACAUGUCCAGGAUAUGCUGUCUGUGAUUAUUGAUGAGCCGUGUAAUCCCUCCAAGGAGUCAGCGUUCAAUGAUAGAGAGAGAAUUUUCUUGUCGCCAAAGGAUCGCUGGCCGAGGCAUCUAUACAAGCUCGCAACUCCUAGCACACGCUAUUCAAAUUCACCCAAAGAGAUUCGUACUCUGAUUUGGAUUGCGGGGGAUUUAGGUCGGCGUAAUGUAUCCUGGGUGUCGUCUUUCUGCGUCGAUCUUGUCUCUUAUUCUAAGCGACUUGAGAAUUUCAAUGUGGUAUAUGCAUUUUGCAAGCGAGGUGAGGGCCGGCGGUACUCCCCCACCAUCCUCAUUAAGAACCUGGUGGCGCAAUUACUGGAGACUCAUGCGUUGAUUGCUGUGAAAAAUCCAGGUCAGCUCUCCCGAAACCGCUUCAGUGAAAUUGGGACGGAGACAGGUUCCGAUUCAGGGAGCUUAGCAUGGAAAUUGCUGGAGGAUAUCCUCUUGCUUAUUAGGGCUACCCCUGAAUUUCAAGAUCGAGCUAUCUUGAUCCUGAUUGAUAGGCUAGAUUUGUGCGUGUCGGAGGAGUACUUCAGUGUCCUAAAUCAUCUUAUUCCACAAUUGCAGAAGCUUGGCCUCCAAAUCCCGGGUGUCCAAGUAUUGGUGACGACCGCAAGAUUCUCGCUCUCUGCUAUCCAUACCCUACGAAAGGGACCAGAGUGGCUUCGGGCAUAUGGGAAAUGAAGUACGCAGGUGGUGAUGAAGGUUGUGCUGGGAAGAAUUAUUGCCAGUUGGCCAGGAGCGAGAAGUUUCCAAGGUUGUUCUUAAAAAGAAUACCAGGUAGGUACCUAGGUGUUCAAGAGAGGUGACUGUUUACUAGGUAUGUAGGUAUUGUUCGAAUUUAAAUGGAUAAUGAUGUUGUAGAAGAAAGAAAUAAUCUAAACCUUAAAAGGUAAUAGAUUUCCUUUUUAAAGGGCAGGACCAGAAUGCCCCUUCCAGUACCAUUCAAGAAUUAAGUUUAACUCAUAGAUAUCCAUGACAUUGGAAGGUUGCAACGAGCGCCCCAUCUAUUAAAGAGCGAGAACGACUGCGACGCUUUAGAUUUUAGAUUGUUUUCUUUCUUUAAUCUUAU